AUGAAAGAGUAUAAGUUGGUUGUUGUUGGUGGUGGUGGUGUCGGUAAGUCGGCUCUCACCAUCCAAUUGAUACAAUCCCAUUUUGUGGACGAAUAUGAUCCCACCAUUGAAGACUCAUACCGUAAGGCAUGUGUGGUGGACGACCAGCAAGUCAUGUUGGAUAUCUUGGACACAGCGGGCCAGGAGGAGUAUCUGGCCAUGAGAGAGCAGUACAUGCGCACAGGAGAAGGCUUUUUGCUUGUUUAUGCCAUCAACUCCCGGGACUCUUUGGAGGAGUUGCAAGUUUUCUACGAGCAGAUCCAGCGGGUCAAGGACGCCGACACUGUCCCUGUUUUCGUUGUUGGUAACAAGUGUGACUUGGAAAUUGAGCGCCAGGUCAGUUACGAGGAGGGUUUGGCCUUUGCCAAGGCCAUUGGCUGUCCCUUUUUGGAAACAUCGGCUAAGCAGCGCAUCAAUGUGGAAGAGUCCUUCUACGGGUUGGUGCGUUCUAUUAAUGCGGAGGAAGCUGCGGCAGCAGCAGCGGAAGCAGAAGAGACCAAGCUGUCUUCGGCACAGCAAAAAACUGCACCUCCGCUGGAAUCGCCUUUGCAGCAGGACGCAGCUGCGACGCAACCAGACGCAGCGCAGCCUGCGGGCGAAGCUUCUGCGCCAAAGAAGCCGGCUCCAGCGGCGCAGAAGCGGGCCAACCAAAGCACGGCUCCUACGUCCAAGGAAAAAAGCGGCUGCUGCGUUAUUGUUUAA